AUGAAUGGACGUAGUUGGCCGUGCAACAUACCGCCCAGCGCCUUCCUGCGCGUGGAUGCCGUCGGCCCUUGGAUCCGCCGCCGCUGCGUCGUCGAGUACGAUGGCACCAACUUCUGUGGCUUCCAGGCGCAGGACCAACCUGGUGUGAUGCGGACCGUGCAAGAAAUUAUUGAAGACGCGCUUCAUCGCACUACGGGCGAGACGAAACUGGCUAGACUGCGCUUUGCCUCGCGCACAGACACCGGCGUCCAUGCACAGGGUCAAGUCGUCGUUCUUGUCAGUCGCUGCGUCGAAACGGAUCGUGUCUUCCGCGAUGCUCUCAACACGCGGCUGCCCCAGGACGUCGUGUGUCGUAGUAUGUUCACGAUGACAGAGGCCCAAGCCAACUUCGAUCCGUGCGUAGACGCCACGUGCAAGCGCUACGAGUACGAAUUAAUCACGGGCGGCUUGCGACCUGUGGUUCACCGUCGCAAUAUGUGGCACGUCCGCAAACCGCUGGAUGUGGCCAAGAUGCAGUUAGCCGUGAGCCACAUGAUGGCGCCGCCCUCAACAAAAGACUUUUCGUCCUUCACGCCCCAGAAAGCUCUAGAUGGAGAACAAAGCAACGUUUGUACGGUCUCUACUAUCGAGCUCCAUGCUGAUAAGGUGAACGAAAGAGGAGGUGUCCAAUACGAAGAGGACGUGGCUACGAGGAUACGACUGGUCUUCGAGGGCAACCGGUUCAAGUACAAGAUGGUACGGAACAUGGUGGGCACGAUCGUGGACGUCGGGUUGGGCAGACUGAAAGCUGACGAUAUUCCGAGGAUCCUGGCGGCCAAGAAUCGAGCAAAAGCAGGCCAAGGUGCACCGCCCCAAGGACUUACCCUCGUGUGGGUCAAGUACGACUAA